AUGAUUCCUGAUAUAAAUUUGAUUAUUCCAUUUUUCUUAUGUUUAAUACAAUCAAGUAGACAAACGAAAGAAGUUGUCCUUUUGGAUACAAGAGAAGCAAGAGAUUAUUUAAAUUGGGAAAAAAAGACAAAUGAUCUAGAUGAUGAAACAAAUUCAAAUCGUGGUUGGAGUGAAAUGAGUUGGAAUGCUGGCAUGUUUCGUUUAAUAUUAUCAUCAUCACCACAAAUACUUAAUCCUCAAUCUCAAUCAUCAACUGUAUGGCGAACACAAUAUGUUUGUGAUAUAACAUCAGAUAAAAAAGUUGAUAAUUGGUUACGUACACCCUAUUUUAAACGUGAACAAGCUAAAAGAAUUGAAAUUGAACUUGGUUUCUCUGUUCGAGAUUGUUCAUCAUUUAGUAAUCCAAAUGAAAUUCGAUCAUGUCGUGAAACAUUUGAAUUAUAUAUUUAUGAAACAGAUGAUAUUAAUAAUAAUUGGAAUGUACAAUCAUAUAAAUUAAUCGAUAUUAUAGCUGGUAAUCGUUUUACAUCGUCAAAUCAUGGUGGUUCAUUAUCAUCUGAUAUAAAUAAUAAUAAUAAUGAUCAUAAAGAUGUUGUCAAUGUUAAAAGUCGAGGUAUUGCAAUUAAUAAAAAAGGUUUUUAUAUUGCAUUUCGUGAUCAAGGUGCAUGUAUAUCAUUAUUAUACGUUAAAAUAUAUUAUCGUUUAUGUGAAGAAAAAAUAAUAUCACUUAUUCGUUUUCCUGAAACAGCAACCGGUGCUCAUUUAACCGAUAUUGAACAACGAGAUGGAUUAUGUAUUGAUAAUACAAAAAUGAUCUAUAAACCAAUUGGAAUGUGUAAAGGAAAUGGUGAAUGGGCAUUUCAAGAGUCUUCAUUACGUGAAAGUUGUCUUUGCCAUGAUGGUUAUGAAUUUGAAUAUAUUAGUGGUGAAUGUAAGGCUUGUGCUGCUGGAAAAUUUAAAAACUCUAUUGGUAAUGAAUUGUGUCAUAAAUGCCCUUUAAAUAGUCAUACAAUGAAUAAUGGUUCAUCUUAUUGUAAUUGUGAUGAUGGUUUCUUUCGAAUAAACGCAUCAUUAUUUACUUCACCAUGCAUAGGUUCUCCAAUUGAACCUCAAAAUUUGACUGUUGAAGAAAUUGAUCAAGCAUCAGUAAAAAUAAGUUGGAAACGAACAGUCAAUGAUUUAUCAGAUAUUAUUUAUCGUAUUGAAUGUAAUCGAAUUGUUGACGGUCGUUCAAUACCAUGUGAAUCUCAUGUAAACUAUUAUCCUAAUAGAACUUUUCUAAAUGGAACAAAUGUUUGGUUAACGGGAUUAGAUGCUGAUACAAGUUAUCAUAUUGAAGUAUUUUCUGAACAAUGGUCAACACGUUUAACAAGUAAAACGGUUGAUAUUUCAUUUACAACAAAACGACCAAUUCCAAAAAGUAUUCGAGAUAUUGCUGUUUAUCGUUUAAAUUUAAAUACAAUAUUAUUAACAUGGGCAAAAAGUGAUUUUGAUUUGUAUGAAUUACGUUAUUGGAUUGAUAGUGAUUUUAGUAAUAAUAAUAAUAAUAAUAAUGAGAAAACCCUUAUUACUGUCAAAGAUAAUAAUUUUACUUUAACAACAACGUUAUUAAAUAUCAAUUAUACAUUUCAAAUAAGAGGACGAACACGCAUAGGAUGGGGUCCCUAUACUCAUCCAAAAACGAUUACAAUUGAUUCAAUUGAUACUUUAACAUCGUCACAGACAGCAUUAGCUGCCGCUGCAACACGAUUUGUUGAAAAUAAAAAUUUAAUUGUCGGUGGACCAAUUAUUAUACUCAUUUUAUUAAUUGUUGUUAUUAUGCUUGCAAUUAUUUAUAUAAGAAGAAAACGAUCUUGUCGAUUAAAAACUGCUAGUGAUUGUGAAUCAUUAGACUAUCAAAAACGUCAAGGGGCUGCACCAUUAUGGAAUCCUACAGCUGCCUCAUCCAAGACUUAUAUCGAUCCACAUACAUAUGAAGAUCCAACAAAAGCUGUCAAAGAUUUUGCUCGAGAAUUGGAUCCAAAUCUAAUUGUUAUUGAAGCUGUUAUCGGUGGUGGCGAAUUUGGUGAUGUAUGUCGUGGAAAAUUGAGAAAACCAAAUUCAAGAGAUGUGACUGUAGCGAUUAAAACAUUGAAACAAGGAGCAACAGAGAAAACACGUCUUGAUUUUCUUUCGGAAGCAAGUAUUAUGGGACAAUUUGAUGAUGAAAAUGUUAUUUAUCUGGAAGGUGUUGUAACAAAACAUCAUCCAAUAAUGAUUGUUACUGAAUAUAUGGAAAAUGGAUCACUUGACACAUUUCUAAGGCUAAAUGAAGGUAAAGCUAAAUUAGAUGCUUUACAGUUAACACGAAUGCUUCGCGGCAUUAGUUCUGGCAUGAAAUAUUUAUCAGACAUGAGAUAUGUUCAUAGAGAUUUGGCUGCACGAAAUAUUCUUGUUAAUAAAGAUUUAGUUUGUAAAGUUGCUGAUUUUGGUUUAAGUAGAGAAGUGGAUGGUGAUACAUAUACAACACGAGGAGGAAAAAUACCCGUGAGAUGGACAGCAAUUGAAGCAAUUGAUUAUAGAAAAUUUACAUCAAAUUCUGAUGUAUGGAGUUAUGGAGUAUUAUGUUGGGAAAUGAUCUCAUUUGGUGAAAGACCAUUCUGGGAUUGGUCUAAUCAAGAUGUUAUUAAAGCAAUUAAAAAAGGAUAUCGUUUACCACCACCCAUGGGUUGUCCAGAUGCAUUAUAUAAAUUGAUGCUCGAUUGUUGGAAAGAUGAUUAUCUGGAUCGUCCUAAAUUUGAACAAAUUGUUAUCAUAUUAUCAAAUCUAAUUCAAACUCCCACUAAACUUCUUAUACUUGCCAAACAAACAUUCGUGUUUAUAGUUAAUCCUGAUCAACCAAAUUUUGCUCAAAUAACAUCUAUUGACGAAUGGCUUCAUUCUCUACAACUUGAUCAUUGUAUAAAACAAUUUAAAUCAUCUGGCUAUAUGAAUUUAUCUCAAAUAUGUCAUUUUACACAACGAGAUUUAAUCGAUAUCGGUUUGACUAUAAAUUUCGAUCAACAUAAAAUAUUAGAUGCGUUAAAAAAAGCUCGAUCUAAUCUCGAAUUGACGAUAGGAAAAACGUCCGAAGGUUAUCUCGUGUGA